CGCCAGGAGUGGGAUGGCUUAGCAGCAACUCCGCUUGGCCACUGGCAGAGCGCUUCCUGGUCUGGCGCCGGGCGACCACAGGUUGGAGCGGGCCCCACCUGCCCGAGGCACCUGUAGGCGUGCUUGAGACCCUUUGGGGGUCGGGUGGCUGCAAAGUGAGCAGGUUGUUCAACAGUAGUUAUGAACACUCGGUUACGAGCACUAGGUGGGAGAAUAAAUAACAUUCGUGCGUCAGAACUUCCAAAGGAAAGGAACCGGUCAGAGAUUGUUUGCAAUGUCUACUUUCUGGAUGGUUCAGUGCAAAGCUUUAACAUGAGUAAACACGACACUGGUCAGGUGUUGCUGGAUUUGGCUUACAAUCACUUGGGUGUGACAGAGAAGGAAUAUUUUGGUUUACAACAACGUGAAGAGUCAGCACUUUCCCCAAGAUGGCUUGAAUCUGAUAAGCCUAUUCGGAAACAGCUAAAAGGUGGUUCCCCUUGCAGCCUGUAUUUUCGAGUAAGGUUUUUUAUACCAGAUCCCAACACACUGCAACAGGAACAAACCAGACAUCUAUUCUUCUUGCAAUUGAAGGCUGAUAUUUUGGAAGGAAGGUUGUUAUGCCCUGUUAAUUCAGCUGUGGUACUUGCAUCAUACGCUGUUCAGUCUCAGCUUGGAGACUACAGUCCUUCCAUCCAUCUUCCAGGAUAUCUUUCAGACUAUUGCUUCACACCAGAACAAAAUAAAGAUUUUUUAUCUAAAGUAGAAUCAUUACAUGAACAGCACAGUGGCCUUAAGCAAUCAGAAGCAGAAUCCUGCUACAUUAACAUAGCAAGAACUCUUGAAUUCUAUGGAGUGGAAUUACACAGUGGUAGAGAUUUGCAUAAUCUUGACCUUAUGAUUGGAAUUGCUUCAGGAGGUAUUGCUGUAUAUAGAAAGCUCAUCUGCACAAGUUUCUACCCCUGGGUCAAUAUAAUUAAAAUUUCUUUUAAGAGAAAAAAGUUCUUUAUCCAGCAGCGGCAGAAACAUAAUGAAUCCAGGGAGCACAUAGUUGCCUUCAAUAUGUUAAACUACCGAGCAUGCAAAAACCUGUGGAAAUCUUGUGUAGAACAUCACACAUUUUUCCAGGCAAAAAAGAUACUACCUCAUGAAAAGAAACUACUUCCCCAUUAUUGGACUAUGGGUUCUAGAACACCAACCAAAUCUUCUAAUAAUCAGUGCUGUAGAAAAGUAAUAGGUGGCAUGAUUUGGAAUCCAGCUAUGAGGAGAUCGUUAUCUGUUGAACAUCUAGAGACCAAAAGCCUUCCGUCUCGGUCUCCUCCAGUUACCCCAAACUGGAGGAGUCCUAGACUUCGUCAUGAGAUUCGUAAACCACGACACUCAUCUGUAGAUAACCUUGCAAAUGAGAUUUCCUAUAUAACGGAAACAGAAGAUGUUUUUUACACCUAUAAGAGUUCCACAGCUUCAAAGGAUAGUGAUUCAGAGUUGUCCCAAACCAACAGCCCACGGAGAAGGAAUAUUUUGGAAAAUAAGUCACUACAGAAUUCCUCAUCUCAAGUGAGCAAUGGAGUUGGCAAUCGUUCUGGUUCCUUUACCUCCGAUGGAAUAGAUAAACAGUGCUUAGAAACAAAUGAAAAUGUUGCAAAAGGGCAUUUAAUGGAGGAUUCUAGUCAAUACUACUUUGAUAAGAAUGAUGUUAUUGAUGGAAACUUACUUUUGAUACGGAUCUUGCCAGAUGAAAAUGGGAAAUUUGGAUUUAAUCUGAAGGGUGGCAUUGAUCAGAAGAUACCAUUAGUGGUUUCUAGAAUUAUACCGGACUCUCCAUCUGACAAAUGCAUUCCAAAAUUGCUUGAAGGUGAUCAGAUAGUGUUAAUCAAUGGCCGGGACAUCUCUGAGCACACACAUGACCAAGUGGUGAUGUUUAUAAAAGCCAGCAGAGAGUCUCACACAAGAGAGCUUGUGCUACUGAUCAGGCGGAAAGUUGUCAAACCAUUUGUAGAGAGCAAGUCAGAGGAUGAAGUUGAUAGCUCUCUUUUCCCAGAAGCAAAUCUUCCCACCUAUUCAGAACAUGGUGGAACUCUAGAAGAGUCAAUGGAACAACUGAAGCAGGGACUAGAAAGUGGAACGGUCCUAAUUCAGUUUGAGCAACUUUAUAGAAAAAAGCCAGGAUUAGCUAUUACUUAUGCAAAACUACCUCAAAACAUGGACAAAAAUCGAUACAAAGAUGUUCUACCAUAUGAUACCACCAGAGUAAUAUUACAAGGAAAGGAUGAUUAUAUAAAUGCAAAUUAUGUGAAUGUGGAAAUUCCCUCUGCUGGCCUUCUGAACAAGUACAUUGCCACACAAGGCCCUCUCCCACACACCUGUAUACAUUUCUGGCAAGCGGUUUGGGAUCGCAGACUAUCACUAAUUAUCAUGUUGACAACCCUCACAGAAAGAGGGCGGACCAAAUGUCAUCAGUAUUGGCCCGAUCCUCCAGACAUUGCAGAACAUGGUAAUUUUCGUAUCAAGUGCCAUUCUGAAGAUUGCACCAUUGCUUAUGUAUUUAGAGAAAUGGUUAUUACAAAUACUGAUACUGAGGAAGAACACACUGUAACCCAUCUGCAGUAUGUGGCAUGGCCUGACCAUGGUGUCCCUGAUGAUUCCACUGCCUUCUUGGAAUUUGUGACCUACAUGAGACCAAAGAGAGUAGAAAAUGAGCCAGUUCUUGUUCACUGCAGUGCCGGAAUAGGUCGGACUGGAGUUUUGGUCGCUAUGGAAACAGCGAUGUGUUUAAUUGAAAGAAACCAACCUGUUUAUCCACUGGAUAUUGUACGAAAGAUGCGAGAUCAUCGUGCUAUGAUGGUGCAAACAUCAAGUCAGUACAAAUUUGUUUGUGAAGCUAUUCUUCAUGUUUAUAAAGAAGGAAUUGUUCGUCCACUGGAAGCCAGCUAGCGUAACUGAAGAAAAGAAGUUCAGCUUCCUAAAAAUACAAGUAUAAAGGCCAAGUGGAUGCUGUUCUCAGUUAUGGUGAAUCUCUUGAAGGUUACUGAGAAAAGAAAGCAAGUCUAUACUAUGGCACUUUAAGAUUCUAAUAGAAAAUUAUUAAACCUUGUGUAUACGAGAAGCAGGUAUUGUCACAAGGCAUUCAGUGUGGAAUGUAAACAUGUGAAAAACAAAGAAAUCUUAAUAAAUUGCCUUAAAUCAGUUUUCAUUACAAGUUACUGUAAUUCUGGCUCACCACUGUAAACUGGGGGACAAAAAGGCAAGAUCAAUGGGACAGCAACCCUGUUACAAGAAGAGAUGUGCCUUCAUCUUGUGCAGAGUUGAGUACUCCACAGCAAACAGAAAACUGGACUGAAUCAUUCAAUAUAAGGUGGCAUUGGCUAUAUUUCUUAAGAUUAUCAGACAUUUUGCACUGCCAAGAACUGCUGCAAUGAUGUAACUUCUGUACAUCUAGAUAUGUCACUAUCAACUUCAUAAAUUCAGAACUGAUUGCAUGAUGUAUAGACUAAUACAAUGGUACAGCUUUACAUAACAAGAAAAAUACAGUGUCUUCCACUGAUUAUUUGUAUGUGCCCUCUGUGUCUCUUUGCCUUCUAUUUUGUGGUUCAUUAUGAAUGGUGAUGUUUUAAAAUUUGGCUUGUAUCAUAUACUUUCUGUUUGUUUCAGCUGGAGAUGGCAACUGACUAUUGCACAUAGUUGCUGAAGUUUCUUUAUUGUUAACAUUUAAACCAGGGCUAGCGACAUUUACUGCUGAAAUAUUUUGCUGCUAAAUGUUACUGUGGCUGCUAAAAUGUAUAGGUGUCAAAAAUAUUCAUAUGCAGAAAACCCGGGGUCAUGAAAUUGUGUGUUUUACAUUAACUGUGUGUUAAU